GGAAGGUAACAUGUGUUUGCUGGUGGAGACAUUAAUCAAGUAGCAAGACCUCUUCAAUCCUUAGCGCGACAUACGAACAUUGAGAAAGGCCCAUAGUAAACUUUUAAAAAGUCAUUCAAAGAGGACUGUUUGAUUCCGUUUAUGAAUAAUUUUAAUCAUACUCAGAGGGGUGUCAAUGAAGCUCCAUUUGACACCUCAUUUGGAAGUCAACCUAACAGCUCUUCUGGAAAUACUCAUUUUCCGGUAACUUUAAACGCUGGAGGUGAUGAUUUAGAAAAAAAUCUAGACGAAAAGCUCAUGAACGCGUUUCCUGGCUUAGAGUCUCAUGUUUUCCAGCAUUCUCAGCCACCACCCCAUCCAUUUGAAAUGCCUACUUCUUUUGAAGAUCAAUACCCGUCAAAUUACUUUCCUCUCGAGGCUUCUUAUCCCAAUCAACCACACUUUCCAUCUUUAGCAUCACCUCCUAAUAAUGCAUCACCUUUUACUACCCAAUUUCCUUACUCCGAUACGGAUAAUAGUUGGCAAUUCCCUCAAUUGCCUCCAGUUGAUUCAAGCAUGUCUUCUGGACAGUUAGACCCUUCGACUUUAUCUUCUUUCCAGCCCAAUAUUAGUUUUCAACCCAGCGCGUCAUCGUCUUUUCAAAAUCCUUUAUUAAAACAACCAGGUGGACCUGUUGAUUUUAAAAAUACAUCUUUGGACAGUAAUCCUGUUCCUGCUUCUUCCCAUGGGGGCAACAACACUUCCUCGGGCACCAUUAGCCCGAGCCCACCUGUAAGGCCAUCUUCUGAGAAACUAGUCAUUGAAAAGUUAAAAUCAAAAGCAAAUCAAAAACCGACGGAAACUUCUUUGGCAUCUUUGCGACAAACACUUAAUGAAUGCCUUGAUCCAUUAAACACUAGCCAGGCACCCAAAGAAUGCGUUGCUAUCCUGGUGAACAUGAUGAGUACCGUAUCUCAAGAUGAUCAGAAGUUACUCUUUCUUGAGAUUUUGAAAAACAAUAGUGAAGCAACGAUCUUCUCAGAAUUAGUAGACGGUGGUCGCAAAUUAUUUCUUCCGAAACUACGUAAUUGGUUUGUUUCUGCUAUUCGUUCUAAAUCAGAUAAAGUUAUUCAUUCAAUUUUGCUUUUGUUAUGUAAAUUACCCAUAUCUGCUGAAAGGCUUGCGGAUGUUAAGUUUGGUAAACCAAUUCUGAUUGUAAAAAAGAAAUCAGCAAAUUCUGUUAUUCGGCAACACGCAGAAAGACUUUCAGACCUAGCUGAAAAAUCUGUCGCUGUUGAACUCGGUAAGGAUCACACGAAAGAUGCUGAGAAAGAAUCCAAUAAACCCGUAACUGCGAAGACGGUAACGAAUGCGAAUGUGGCAUCUACAAAUAUCAAGAAUCCUCCAACUAAAAAAGUCACCAGUGUUCCGGGUACUUCUUUUUUCAAAAACUUGUCUAAUCCAUCGAAAACCGGUACCCCUGCUUCUACGGCAAAGCCCUCGACAUCAGGUGCUAAGCAGACUCCUACAUCAACGCCCCUUUCUUCUAUAGUAGCAGGGUUAAAAGGGAAAGAUGCUGAUUUACAGAAGUCUCAAUUAUCAGGUCAAUCCAAUGCACGUGACGAGUUACCUAGUUUUAGAAAACGUCCCGUGAAGUCCGAAGAAGAAUCUGAAAAGUCUGAACCAUCAAGUGAAGAAAACUCUCUAAAGAAGAAGCGCCGGAAGAAAUCCGUUACGUGGAAAUCCGAUGAUGAGCUUGUUCAAGUUAAGAUCAUUGAGCAUGCAAACGAAGAAGAAUCAGCUGUUAAAACACCUCAUAUCUACGGUAGUGCAAGAGAUUUAGAUAGACAGGAAGCUCGUGUUGCUUUUGGUAAUCAAGUAGAAGACGAUGUUGAAGACGAGAUAAUUUGGUACAAGCCAAAACCCAUUGAAUUUGUGAUUUCAAAAGAAGAAUUACAUCCACGAGGUUAUAAGCGUGGUGGUGAUUCUAAUGCUAAGUCAACUUUGGAAUGUAAAGACGAAGAUGAACGAGAAAGUCAGCUCAAUGCUAAUCCAUCUUCAGCUACGUCUGUUUUGUCCAAUGUUACGGAGCCCAUAAAAGUCUUUGAUACUACCUUACCUCCCGUGUCUAUACCGCUCCCCAAGGAAAUUGAAAAUUCCCUUCAUGAAAAGAAUACUGAUUUAACAAAUGCCGGCAAUCAUGAACCUGUAUCUGAGAACAACUCGAAUACUCAUUUAAGUUCCAUCCUUUCCAAUCUGUCAUCAUCGGCAUCUUCUCAGCAACUUCAAAAUCCGUCCCUCAUGAUACCUAAUAAUGCAAGUGCCUACUCAAAUGUCUAAUUAUGAAUUUCAGCUUUUAUCUAAUACAGGAUGGUUGGUUUAUUCAAAUGAUCUAUUGCUAAUAUUUAACGGACUAUUUGGCUGAUUAGAAGUGUUUAUUUUUUAAAAUUUUUUGAUAUAAUAUUUAACUCAUCAAAAGCAUCCAUUAAUCAAUCGGUAGUUUCCUUUUUUCCUAUUUUUUUAUUUACUAUUCCUUAAGGCUACAUAUACAACAUAUGAGAAUACAAGCAGAUGGGUUAGUUCGUAGAUUUUAUUAUUUUCAUAUCUAAAGGGUUAUCAUAUGCCAUUUUUAAACUCAUGAUAGAGAUGCCAUUUCGUUCAUAAACUGACUAGGUGACUGAACGUCGGUACUGCCGUAGGUUAUAUGCUUGGGUGGAUUUUGUUCUUUUGCCCAGGCCAUCAAAUUUCCGUAUUCUAAGUAAUUACCACCACCCAAAACACACACAAUAGCUUCAUUAAAUAUCUGGCGUUUGUUCAUAUUUCUGGGAUCAUUAGAAGCAUAGGAAGCUUUAGGGUCAAAUAUUAGAUAAGACUCUGUCUGCUUGGACACGGAAGAAGAUCCGGGAUCCAUUAGGCUUUGAACGAUGGAACUUAUGGUCCCAUCUUUUCUAAAGGGGAUUAAAUUUUUAACACCGGAAAUUAUGUUUUCUAGACCGCCAAUCCCAGCCUCCUUAAAUCGAUCGGUAAACUACUGGUUAGCCAUUUUCUCAAAAAAUAAAUUUGAAUAAACAUACUUUACUGGAAAGACUCGAAAAUCCACCAAAGAUAUUAUCACCGGAUUGAUUAGCGACUGGGCGCGUCGUGGAAGAAGCCAGCAUGGUCAUUUUAGUAAUUUCACGGACCCUACCAUAGUUAGCAUAAGGAAGAGAAAAACUUUCUUAAAAUUUACCUUUUGACAAAAUUAAGAGCUUCUAAAUUACAGCCAUUAUUCACCAAUGCCUCUUCAUAUGCUUGCAAGUCGGUACUGGGAACUGCGUCAACACUCAAGUACCAAAUAAUAAAAAAUCGAAGCUUGUCUUCCGGUGUGCCUUUGUCUUUAUCAUUUAAGCAAGAAAGAAUAGCACUUUUAUUUAGUCCUGUAAUGUUGUCUUCCAUUUGGAAAAAAUCAUCAAGGUGUCGCUCUUUUAUGGCUUUCAAAAUUGCUGUCGCAAUACUCAUAUGCAUAUCCAAAAGCUGUUUACGAGCCGUAAGUUCUGGGAGAAGGCUAACCGCGGUCUUCAAAUAAGCAGAAUCAGUAAAUGCAUCGGCAUUAAAUUCCUCUAACGAAGAAGCACCAGAACGUCUUGUUAUUUCAUUUGCAUCAUUCUUAUAACGGGUUAAUUCUUCGUCGAUAUUCUCAGCUACCUCUGGAAAUGGUUUAUUGGCAUUCGCUUCCCAAAAAUAAUCGCUCCCAUUUAAGUCAUAGGAUUGCUUAGAGGUUUUUCCCUCAUUAGAAGUUUCCAUGGUUACUCUAUUGAGGUGCAUAUUCAAAGUGUCAUGGAUCAAUGCUUGAUAUGUCCAAGAAUGAUUAAUCAUGGGAACGAGGUCAACAGUCCUGUCUAACAAUAUAAGCAAAGGACGGAUUUUUGGAUUUAAAGUAUUAAACGCAUCCUUUGUAUUCAUUAAGUGAUCUUUUAGACGCUGAUUCAGUUUUCUAGCAACCAACUCAGCAGCAGACCCUUGGGGGCAACGAAUAAUAGGGAUUGUCCCGAGAGUGACAAUAACGGAAAAAAGUCUAUUCGUUGUACUUUGAAUUGUGUUUUCAAUCAGUGCAUCAUCGGAAGAAGGACUGUGGAUUGUAUGAAAGACCCUUGGGAGCUGGAGUGAGAAGAAGUCAGAUUCUAAUACUACGUAGUUUAGGUAUUGAUCGUAAACUUGAUUGAUCAUAUGGCUUGUAUUCGAUUUCGAGGCAAGUUCUGCAAAUUUUUCUAAAAGACUUCUUGGGAUGCUGGAAGAGAAACAGACGUAAGCAGAUUCGUACAAGCCUUUUGAGAGGUCCUAGUAUUGUUAGCAACAUAUAUAGUUUAGGGGUUUUAAGUAGAAUAAAGGUGAAGAUUAGAGAUUUUUUCUCGCUAGGAUAAUUGGUAAUAUACAUACAUUAAUGAUAUACUCAAUAUUUUCUU